GAACGAGAAAUUACACUUCAUCUCAACAAAAUGGCAGAGGACAGUUGUAAUAAACAUCUCGAUGAAGAAAUAAGCUUGAGUGAUGGCAAUCUCACAGCUGGAUUUGAUGGGGCCUGGCAAAAAAGGGGAACAGGUUGUGCAUACAACAGUCUUACUGGGCAUGCAUCUCUUAUUGGUGAGAAAACAAAGAAAUGCAUAGGAAUUUCGGUAAUGGGAAAACGUUGUAGAAUAUGCGAGUCAGCUGAAAUGAAAGGGGUCCCUCCAAGAAAGCACAACUGUCCCCGCAACUGGUCUGGGUCAGCUAAGUCCAUGGAGCCAGCAAUGGCAUGCGAGAUGCUCCAGGGCAUCAUAGACCAAGGGCAUAGCGUGCAGACCUUAGUUAUGGAUAAUGAUUCAACCACUAUUGCAAGGGUAAGGGCAACAGUUGAUCCAACUAUAACAAAAAAGUCGGAUAGCAACCACACAAGGAAAGGGUUCAUGGGGAGCCUCGUAGAACUCGGCAACACCUACAAAGUUUUGAAAAACAACAGAGUACGUUCACACAUUGAACGUUGUUUUAUGUACUGUGUGAAACAGAAUUCAGGGAACUCCACUAAGCUUGCUGAGGACUUGAAAAAUAUAGUUCCCCAUUUAUAUGGUGAGCAUGAUGAAUGUGGAACAUGGUGUAGGAGUCAGAAAACCAAUUAUAAGCCUAAGAAUCUGCCAUAUGGAAAGCCCCUUUCUGACCAACCCCUCCGUGUAGCUCUGGAAAGCCUGAUUAACAAGUAUAUCCAGAAAGCUGAUGAACUAGUAGAUCUAGGAUCAACUCAGAACAACGAAAAUUUUAACCACAUGGUUGCCUCUAAAGCACCAAAAAGACUAUUUUAUGGAGGUUCUGAGAGUUUAAAAACAAGGGUCUCAGCUACUGUUUGUCAAAAGAAUGAGGGCUACAAUUAUAUCACAGAGCUUAGAAAAUUGUUGCAAUUUGAAUUUAUAUUACUUGUCAAUGUAUCUUUGAUUGUCUAUCUUGUAAACUUGGGUUGCAAAUUUGAUAGACUUGCAUGUUUUAUUAAUUAUUCAAUGUGCUGUGAAUUUCAGUUGAAUAGACGAUGUCAGCUGUCCCCUGGAAGGUUUACAGAAAAAUUGACAUCUAAACUAGCCAGAAAAUUAAAAAGACAAAGGUUGGCGCAGGCUCAGAAGAGUGUUAAACGACGCCGGCUGCAGUUGAAAAAUGAAAGAACAUCAAAAGAUGCCACCCAGUCUGUACUCGAAGGUGCAACAUACAGCUCAAAGAUAGGACUGGAGGAAUCAGUUGACUUGGAAGACAUCAGCAUGGAGCCGAAGUCUGUGUGCCUAGAAGGCAGUUCAUUUAUAGUUUUUGAUCUUGAAACAACUGGACUAGACAGGUCUUCAGAAAUCCUUCAGAUAGCAUGUGUUUGUGGUACAGAAAAAUUUAAUGUAUACAUGAAACCAAGAUGCUGCAGCAUCAGUAUUUCUGCAUCUGAUGCAACAGGUCUCACAUAUGUUGGAGGCAUUUUGAAACACAAUGGAAAAGCUGUACAGUCAACAUCAGCAUCUGAAGGACUUCAGGAUUUCCUCAGGUUCCUGUCGCGGUUUCCGGAUUCCAUUUUGAUAGGACAUAAUAUCCAAAAUUUUGAUUUACCUGUUCUCCUACACCAGCUGACCAAAUAUAACCUUAUGAAGGACUUUGAGGGGACAGUAUCAGGAUACAUCGAUACUCUGAAGCUUUCAAGAAAAGUUAUCCCUAAAGCUGAUGUCGGAAACUAUAGACAACAGAAUCUUGUUCAGAAACUGUUGGGAGAAACCUAUGAAGCCCACGAUGCCAUAGCAGAUGUUUCUUCUCUACAGAAAUUAUUUGAUCUGAAACUAAAAUCACACUGUGAUAGUGAUGAUAUAUUUCAUUUGUCCUACUACAGUUGUAAGGAAUCUUUGGAUCCACUUGUGAAAGCAAAAGUAAUUUCUUCUGUAACAUUGAAGAAACUUAUUAGCCUCUCUCUAACUAUGACAAAACUGCAGGUUAUCCACAAGCGAGAUCCCCAGAAUGGAAUUCACAAUGUGUUUAGUGAGAACCUACCGAACUCUAAAAAACCAAGAGUUUCAAGAUCAAAAGCUGUAAUUGGCAAAGUGGUACAGUACCUUUCUAACUUGUAAGGUUUUUUUUGUUUAUUUACCUCAUGCUUUAUGCAGGUUAUAUUUAUACAUGUAACAUCUAAACUGUUUCAAAAUGUGCUCUGUAGUUAAACUACUUUUACUUCACACAAUAUAUGUACACUCGGUUGGACCUCACCAUAAUGGAGAGUUUUACCAUGAACUAUCUGGCAUGUGAAAUAUGUAAAACUCUAUACAUUUGUUGUAUUUCACUCUUAUUUGGAGAGAUUUGAACACAUAAAGGUUGUUAAUUUGUUUAUAUGUUGACACAUAUGUGAUUUGCCAGGUUUCCUGUAUGAUGUUUUAAUGGGGUACCCAUAGUUUUUUAGUCGUGGCUUAAAAUUUAAUGUGAUGACAUAUGAAUUUUAUCUCUUUAAUCUGUUCAGUAGAUGUCUAUCUUUAUUUUUAAAUUGAUUCUAAAAGUUUGGCUCAGAGGAAAAUUAAGAAAAAUGCGGUUAAGUAUUUCUUUCUGUCAUGGCGUGUUUAAUUUUAUUUGGUGGGCAUGUUGUAUAAAUAGUAAAAAAAAAUAUUCUCCACUGCAUCUAUUCCAUUAAGAUAAACAAUUUUUAUCAUAAGGAUACAUAUUGACAUAAUUUAGCAAAGUAUGGACAAUGUUUUUAAAUUAAUAUAUAUUUUGUGAAUGUAAAUGUAAAUGUAUGCUUAUAGCAGCAAGAGACGAAAAUUGAAGUUAUGGGGUAUGCCUGUAUGUUGGACUGUAACAGUAAAAAUAAUUUGAUUACAUCAAGUUUUCUUGUGUUUUUCUGUUUAAUGAGAUGUUUGUUUGUAGAUUAAAAACAGUUUUAACUGAAUUGCUCAGAUAUAAUCAAAAGCAGGGAUGUAC